AUGGUGGACUUUACAUGGGAUCCAUGGGAGGACGACGCAGAGACUCUUCUUUAUGGGGGCUGUACCAACGGGCCUGUGGUGAGGUGCCUCAAAACUCCAUACAGAGAUCGUACGGUGGCAAAGGUGGCUCACAAUGAUGCUACUGAUUAUGAGAUGUUGCUAUUCGAGCGUGGAGCCCUCAGCGAUUCACAGUUCCGAAAGACGAUCCGUGCAGCACAAAGAUACUUCAUGGAGCGGUACGGGGGCGAGUUGGAGGUAGGGCGGUUAAGUGCGGCGGUUACCCGUGUGCGAGAGGGUGGACACUUGCCUCCCCGUGGUCCUAUCUUAUUGGAAGGUGAUGCUCCCCCAAGGACAGCACGUUACCCUUACAACCAGUCCGAUCUACAAAUAGAGGAAGUCAAAGUCCACCUGCGCAACCCAGCACGGGUGGAACGAUGGUUUCGCUGUCGUGUCCAGGGCGGAAAUUGGCAGAGGUGUGGGAAUCCGGACAAUAUGAAAGAUCCCAAUCCAGCUCCCGCAAGCACACCUCAGCAAGCAGCAACCCGGGGAAGGGCAGCAGCAGCAAGGCGUGCUUUGUCCACAUGCUUUGAAAGCCCAGCUGUGAAGGGCGAGACGAAAAGAAUACCACACCCCGCAAUGCCCUCCCCAGCCCAGGGCGCAGCUGCACUCUUGGGUAGAGAAGCGACUCCCAAUGUGGCUGCAAGAGAGGGCGUUGAAAAUCCACGUGGAAGUGAAGACGGCGCAGCUAGGCUUCGUAGUGGAAGCGGUGGUCCCCGAAACACCAACCUCGACACAGCAUGGUCUGCUGGAGGUGGACUCUCCAAAUGCUUUGGAGGUAUGGCUCUAAACAAGGAUGGGCCAGAGGAACACCGUCUGAGCUCAGAUCGACCUAGGAACUCAAAUGGAGGAGGUCGCAUAGGUAUACGCCGCCAGCCAAUUGUAGAGCGUGGAGGGGCAGCCCCUGGAGACACGAGCCGGAGGUCAUUCGGUUGCUUGAGCGGCCAAAUCCAAGAUCCCAGUGGCCGAGAGGAAUGUCACAGAGACUUGGCUCGAACUGCAACUACGACGCAAGGUGGAGGCCCUGAAAGCCUGCAGGGUGGCACAAGCCAGAGAGGAAUAUCUCGGAGCAGUCCAACUCGCGUAGAGGGAGGCCGUCAAGAUCGAGGUCGUGGAGUUUUUAACAGUGCCGGUUAA